AUGACCCGCAGCUGGGCGUGGCUGGGCGCGGCCUGCGCGUGCGUCUGCGUCGCUCUGGCCGCGGCGCUGUCGCCGGGCUUCAACGACCCCAUGCCGUACUACACGUUCCCGCUGCUGGAGAUCCUGCACCCGCUGAACGGUCUGCUGCUGGCGCAGACGGAGCUGCAGGUGGAGAUCGAGGUGCGCGGCGAGCUGCUGGGCGGCGGCCUGCACCGCUCGCGCGUGUGCGUGCUCAUGCAGCCGGCCUACGUGCCGCCGGACGUGGUGCUGGACCCGGGCGCCGCCGAGCUGGACGAGUCGUGCUUCGACCAGAGCCUCAACUACACGACGUUCCACGUGGCGGGGCUCGUGCCCGGCCUCUCGUACGCGCUCACCGUGGGCCUGGAGAACGACGGCAACAUGGUGGCGCUGUCCACGCGCACGUUCUCCGUCGGGUCCAUCCUGCUGCCGGGCGUGGACGGCCGACUGAGUGUCGACGACGCGCUGGAGGCCGGCGCGAGACUGCACAACGCCAGGGACCGCGUCACGGCCUCGCGGAUCUACCGCUACGUGCUCGAGAUCUUCCCGGACCACCCGCAGGCGCAGCAUCUGCUGGGGCUGGCGCUGUAUCAAGACGGCGAGUCGGAGCAGGCGCUGUCGUAUCUGCGUCGGGCCGUGCAGGCGAACGAGAGCGAGGAGAAUUUCCACAACUCGCUCGGGAUUUGCCUCAAGUCGUUGGGGCGGGUGGACGAAGCCAUUCGACACUACCGUCGAGCGCUGGAGCUCAACCCGAUGGAGGUCCAAGCUUCGAUUAAUCUGGGAGAUGCGAUGCAGUCGCAGGGUAAGUGGGAGGAGGCGCUCAAAGAGUACAGCAAGCCGGGGAAGGCGGAGAAUCUGGCGAAAGAUGCCACCGGCAGAAUGUGCGAGCUUAUUCGAGUCACGGACGGCUGGUACCAUGCCGACCGCUGUUUGAAUGAGGCGCUCGAACGCUGGCCGGACGAGCCAGUGUUUCACAAUGACCGCGGGAACUUGCUGGCCAACGCCGGUCAGUUUGAAACUGCGCUGGACGAAUAUCAGCGGUCUUCUAGUCUCGGCUUGCUUGCUGGCAUGUUAAACCUUGCGGAUACCUUGGAGGCACUUGGGGAGACACAGAAAUGCAUUGAUAUGUAUGAUCAGAUUCUUGGGAAAGAUUUCGACGACAGAUUUCACCCUCGUACUCGAAUUAUGGUAAUGAGAGCGACGGUUCUGCCCCGUGUACUUCCAUCGACGCAAAAGGAGAUUGAUGACAGUCGAGAUCGCUUUGAACGGGAGGUGGAGGCAUUGCUGCACAACCUCGACUCGCUCGACAAGACAGAAGUAGACCCGAAUCGAGUCUCGAUAUCCACCGCAAUCACGCUGACAGCGCACAACCGAAACAACCGUGAGCUCAAGUCAGCCAUGGGUUAUUUGUACUGGCAGCUGCUGUAUCAACGGCAGAUUAUGCGCGAAGAUUACGUAGCAAGUUACGGUAUCGUGCCACUUCCCUACACUCAACGAAGCGAGGAUAUCAGCAGACCUGCGAUUGGUCCGCGGCGCUUACGGGUUGGAUUUGUGUCCCGAUACAUUUUUAAUUCGGCUGUGGGGCUUUACAUGUCGGAGUUAAUACCUAUGUUCAACCGCGAAAAGUACGAGAUCAUUGUUUUUGCGAUCAGCCAAAGUAAGUCAAUGAAGGUGGUGAAGGAAGUCGAAGCAAUCACCGAGACGAUUGUUGCUCUUCCGAAAGACGUACGAAUUGCACGUGAAGAAAUUCGCGCCUGGAACAUGGACGUUAUCAUUUACCCCGAGCUCGGGAUGGACAAAACAACGUACUUCGUGUCACUUGAUCGGCUUGCUAAGGUUCAAGCUGUUUGGUGGGGUAAUGCCGACACGUCGGGUGUACCAACAAUGGAUUAUUAUCUCACCAGCGAGCACGAACACGAGAACUCCAACUCGCACUAUUCGGAAGCCGUGUACCAAUUUAGGUAA